AUGAACACUGCUGCUACGCCCACCAUUACUGCAACUGCUCCUCCCUCUACUCCUGCUACGCCCACUGCCACUCAAGUCGUUGAUGUCACCGCCACAGUGGAUGAUGUUGAAUUAUUAAACAUUCUUGGCCUGACAUCCAAUGCUAAUGUCAUCUCGUGUAACGACUUUGCUGUUCUUGAUUGGGAUGACAUGCCAGAGUUAUCUGCUGAAGAAGAGGACGAUGAAGAUGAUGAAGAUGACAAAGAUAGCAUUUCAUCAAAGAACAACAAACGCAAAUUCCAUGAUGUAGAUGAUGUGUUUGCAGACCUUGAUUUCAUUGAGGUGCCAUUGCUACCUGCUACUACCACAACCGAUACCACGACACCAAGCGCAAAGAAGCAAAAGACAUUUGUGGAUGAAGAAGAUGAAUCUGAGCUUCUCAAGAACAUGGCAUUGCCUCCAUUGGAUGAUGACAUUCGUUUGGCAUUGGAUAUGAUCUCUUCUGUUUAA